GGGAGUAUCUGGCGUUAAAUGAACUCCAGGAGCGACAAUUGGACCUCAUCCGCGCACAUGUCGCUUUAAGCGGAACAUUCGUUGGCAGCGGGAGAAGAAACCAUCCAAUGCGUAAAAAGGCUGUCCCUUUUGGAGGACGCACACACUUUCUCCCUGCACGGCGCUGAUGCGGCGGGGUGGGAGGACGCAGCUUCUAUUCAUGCAAAUUGAUCAAAUCAUAGGCGUGCCUUUGAGCGAUGGAGCCGGAAAAGCCAAGCAGCUGCUGGACCAUAACGCACCUUCAACGCGUGUGAUGCGCACUGACUCCACGUCCGUGGAUCGUCUUCUUCACUCCAAGCGCGCAACUUGCGGACCCGCGAACGACUAUCCGUGUUUAACACCCACCCGGGCCGUUUUUGUUGUAAAAAUGCAGACAAUCGACGCGCUUCCAGCCACUCCACGGACCUGACUUCGUGCGUAAAUACGCAACCCGAUCCCGUUUCCUAUCCGUUUCCUACACGGCUUUUCGCAGCGUCACCAUGUCCGAGGGCGGCAGCGGCUCAAACGGCAGCCGUCUUCCCGCUUCGGAAGGCGGCAGCGUCAGCGUCCUAAGCUGGGAGCAAGUGCAGCGCCUGGACGCCAUACUGACGGACACCAUCCCCAUCCACGGACGGGGGAACUUCCCCACGCUGCAGAUGCAACCCCGGCAGAUUGUCAAAGUGGUGCGCAGCAGGAUGGAAGAGAGGCAGAUCCGCGUCCGGGACGUCCGGUUAAACGGGUCCGCGGCCAGCCACAUCCUGCACGGAGACAGCGGACUGGGCUUCAAAGACCUCGACCUCAUAUUCUGCGCGGACAUGAAAGGAGAAAGCGACUUCCAGAUAGUGAAGGACAUUGUUCUGGACUGUCUCUUGGACUUUUUACCUGACUGCGUAAAUAAAGAGAAGAUUACUCCAUUGACUUUAAAGGAAGCCUACGUGCAGAAGAUGGUGAAGGUGUGCAAUGACUCGGACCGCUGGAGCCUCAUCUCCCUCUCCAACAACCGGGGCAAGAACGUGGAGCUGAAGUUUGUGGACUCGCUGCGCCGUCAGUUCGAGUUCAGCGUGGACUCCUUCCAGAUCAAGCUGGACUCCCUGCUGCUCUUCUACGAGUGCUCGGAGAACGCCAUGACCGCCACGUUUCACCCCACCAUCAUGGGCGAGAGCGUGUUCGGCGACUUCGCCCAGGCCCUGGACCACCUGCGCCACAAGGUCAUCUGCACCCGCAACCCGGAGGAGAUCCGCGGCGGCGGCCUCCUCAAGUACUGCCACCUGCUGGUGCGGGGCUUCCAGGCCGCCUCGGAGUCGGAGAUGAAGUCGCUCCAGCGUUACAUGUGCUCGCGCUUCUUCAUCGACUUCCCCGACAUCGGCGAGCAGCAGCGCAAGCUGGAGUCCUACCUUCAAAACCACUUCGUGGGCCUGGAGGACCGCAAGUACGACUACCUGAUGACGCUCCACGGCGUGGUCAACGAGAGCACGGUGUGCCUCAUGGGACACGAGCGGCGGCAGACCUUGGGGCUCAUAGCCAUGCUGGCCGUGCGGGUCCUGGCCGAGCAGAACGUCAUCCCCAACGUGGCCAACGUCACGUGUUACUACCAGCCCGCGCCCUACGUGGCGGACGGCAACUUCAGCAACUACUACAUAGCGCAGGUGCAGCCCAUGUUCGCCUGCCAGCAGCCGGCCUACUCCACCUGGCUGCCCUGUAACUGAGCCAGCACGGAGCCCGGGGCGGGCAGAAGGGGGAAGAACUCGGCAUUUUUCCACAAAUGUUUUUUAGCAUCCGAGCUUGGGUUUGUGUUCAUACGCCGAGUAUGAAGGCAUGCGGUUCAAGCACAUCAUUCAAUGUGAAUAAAAAGAAAAAAAAAAAAUUCUCAAAAGGGCCUUCGAAGCGCACGUGUGGGACUUGUGCGACGGCCCCCGGCAAUCAGGAGCCCAUUAGUGCACGGGCACUCUGAACUCGCAUCUACUUUUGCAUUUUGGGUAUACACAUGGUUGUUACAGACCAAAGAUUUUAGAUUAUUUACAAUAAAACCCUAUUUUUAAGGGGGGAAUUAAGUGCAAAGCUCUAUACUAUCUAUGUGUGUGUUUAAGUGCCUAUUACCCUUCAGACUGAGCAGGCCAUAGGGGUCACUUUUCAUGUGAAUUGGCACCACUUUUCUUUACAGUGCGUCUGAGAGCGAUGGUGCACGGGUUGGUGUAUUUUGCAGACGUUUUUUUGUGGAACUGACAAAAACAUAAAUGCAGGAGGGGGCAAGGGGUAGAAAAUGUUUGGAUUUGUCUGCACGUUGGUAUGUCUGCAUGGUGUAAAAGUUAAGUUAAAGUACCAAUGAUUGUCACACACACACUAGGUGUAGUGAAAUUGGUCCUCUGCGUUCGACCUAUCCCCUUGUUCGCCCCCUGGCAGGUGAGGGGAGCAGUGAGCAGCAGCAUUGGCAGCGCCCGGGAAUCAUUCUUGGUGAUUUAACCCCCAAUUCCAACCCUUGAUGCUGAGUGCCAAGCAGGAAGGUAAUGGAAUCCCGUUUUUAGAGUCUUUGGUAUGAUCUCAGGGUGGACAUUCUAACCACAAGGCCACUGAGCAGAUUAGGAACAGGGGUUAGUGCGUGUGCCUCACACAUACAAAGGUCCUGGGUUCGAGGAACUGUGUGGAGUUUGCAUGUUCGACCCGGGACUGCGUUGGUUCCCUCCGGGUACUCCGGCUUCCUCCCACCUCCAAAGACAUGCACCUGGGGAUAGGUUGAUUGGCAACACUAAAUGGUCCCUAGUCUGUGAAUGUUGUUUGUCUAUCUGUGUUGAGGUGGCGACUUGUCCAGGUUGUACCCCGCCUAUGCCGCCCAAAUGCUGCUGUGAUAGGCCCCAGCACUCCCCCGCUCCCCCGAAAGGGACAAGCGGUAGUAAAUGCAUGGAUGGAUGGACUAAUUUGGCCCAAGUGUGUAAAUGUGAGUGUGAAUAUUGUCUGUCUAUCUGUGUUUGCCCUUUGUUGAGGUGGCGACUUGUCCAGGGUGUGCCCCGCCUAUACCGCCCAAAUGCAGCUGAGAUAGGCUCCAGAACCCCCCCGCUCCCACGAAAGGGACAAGCGGUAGAAAAUGCAUGGAUGGAUGGAUUGAAUUGGCUCUAUUGUGUGAAUGUGAGUGUGAAUAUUGUCUGUCUAUCUGUGUUGGCCCUGCGAUGAGGUGGCGACUUGUCCAGGGUGUACCCACCCUAUACCGCCCGAAUGCAGCUGUGAUAGGCCCCAACACUCCCCCGCUCCCCCGAAAGGGACAAGCGGUAGAAAAUGCAUGGAUGGAUGGACUAAAUUGGCCCGAGUGUGUGAAUGUGAGUGUGAAUAUUGUCUGUCUAUCUGUGUUGGCCCUACGAUGAGGUGGCGACUUGUCCAGGGUGUACGCUGCCUUCCGCUCGAAUGCAGUGGAGAUAGGCUCCAGCACCCCCCACUACCCCAAAAGGGACAAGCGGUAGGAAAUGCAUGGAUGGAUGGACUAAAUUGACCCUAGUGUGUGAAUGUGAGUGUGAAUAUUGUCUGUCUAUCUGUGUUGGCCCUGCGAUGAGGUGGCGACUUGUCCAGGGUGUACCCUGCCUAUACCGCCCGAAUGCAGCUGUGAUAGGCCCCAACACUCCCCUGCUCCCCGGAAAGGGACAAGCGGUAGAAAAUGCAUGGAUGGAUGGACUAAAUUGGCCCGAGUGUGUGAAUGUGAGUGUGAAUAUUGUCUGUCUAUCUGUGUUGGCCCUACGAUGAGGUGGCGACUUGUCCAGGUUGUACCCCGCCUAUGCUGCCCAAAUGCAGCUGAGAUAGGCUCCAGCACCCGCUCCCCCAAAAGGGACGAGCGGUAGAAAAUGCAUGGAUGGAUGGACUAAUUUGGCCCUAGUGUGUGAAUGUGAGUGUGAAUAUUGUCUGUCUAUCUGUGUUGGCCCUACGAUGAGGUGGCGACUUGUCCAGGGUGUACACUGCCUUCUGCUUGAAUGCAGCGGAGAUAGGCUCCAGCACCCCCCCGUGUCCCCGAAAGGGACACGCGGUAGAAAAUGCAUGGAUGGAUGGACUAAAUUGGCCCUAGUGUGUGAAUAUGAGUGUGAAUACUGUCUGUCUAUCUGUGUUGGCCCUGUGUUGAGGUGGUGACUUGUCCAGGGUGAACCCCGUCUAUACCGCCCGAAUGCAGCUGAGAUAGGCCCCAACACUCCCCUGCUCCCCGGAAAGGGACAAGCGGUAGAAAAUGCAUGGAUGGAUGGACUAAUUUGGCCCUAGUGUGUGAAUAUGAGUGUGAAUAUUGUCUGUCUAUCUGUGUUGGCCCUACGAUGAGGUGGCGACUUGUCCAGGUUGUACCCCGCCUAUGCUGCCCAAAUGCAGCUGAGAUAGGCUCCAGCACCCGCUCCCCCAAAAGGGACGAGCGGUAGAAAAUGCAUGGAUGGAUGGACUAAUUUGGCCCUAGUGUGUGAAUGUGAGUGUGAAUAUUGUCUGUCUAUCUGUGUUGGCCCUACGAUGAGGUGGCGACUUGUCCAGGGUGUACACUGCCUUCUGCUUGAAUGCAGCGGAGAUAGGCUCCAGCACCCCCCCGUGUCCCCGAAAGGGACAAGCGGUAGAAAAUGCAUGGAUGGAUGGACUAAAUUGGCCCUAGUGUGUGAAUAUGAGUGUGAAUACUGUCUGUCUAUCUGUGUUGGCCCUGUGAUGAGGUGGCGACUUGUCCAGGGUGUACGCUGCCUUCCGCUCGAAUGCAGCGGAGAUAGGCUCCAGCACCCCCACUCCCCCAAAAGGGACAAGCGGUAGAAAAUGCAUGGAUGGAUGGACUAAAUUGACCCUAGUGUGUGAAUGUGAGUGUGAAUAUUGUCUGUCUAUCUGUGUUGGCCCUGUGUUGAGGUGGUGACUUGUCCAGGGUGUACCCUGCCUAUACCGUCCAAAUGCAGCUGUGAUAGGCCCCAGCACUCCCCUGCUCCCCCGAAAGGGACAAGCGGUAGAAAAUGCAUGGAUGGAUGGACUAAAUUGAACCUAGUGUGUGAAUGUGAGUGUGAAUAUUGUCUGUCUAUCUGUGUUGGCCCUGUGUUGAGGUGGUGACUUGUCCAGGGUGUACCCUGCCUAUACCGUCCAAAUGCAGCUGUGAUAGGCCCCAGCACUCCCCUGCUCCCCCGAAAGGGACAAGCGGUUGAAAAUGCAUGGAUGGAUGGACUAAAUUGGCCCUAAUGUGUGAAUGUGAGUGUGAAUAUUGUCUGUCUAUCCGUGUCGGCCCUACGAUGAGGUGGAGACUUGUCCAGGGUGUACCCCGCGUAUGCUGCCCAAAUGCUGCUGAGAUAGGCCUCAGCAAUCUCCCACCCCCCCACCCGCUACCCCCCCACCCGCUCCUCCGAAAGGGACAAGCGGUAGAAAAUGCAUGGAUGGAUGGACUAAAUUGACCCUAGUGUGUGAUGUGAGUGUGAAUAAUGUCUGUCUAUCUGUGUUGGCCCUGUGAUGAGGUGGCGACUUAUCCAGGGUGUACGCUGCCUUCCGCUCGAAUGCAGUGGAGAUAAGCUCCAGCACCCCCCACUCCCCCAAAAGGGACAAGCGGUAGAAAAUGCAUGGAUGGAUGGACUAAAUUGGCCCUAAUGUGUGAAUGUGAGUGUGAAUAUUGUCUGUCUAUCUGUGUCGGCCCUGCGAUGAGGUGGUGACUUGUCCAGGUUGUACCCCGCCUAUACCGCCCGAAUGCAGCUGAGAUAGGCCCCAGCACCCCCCAGCUCCCCCGAAAGGGACAAGUGGUAGAAAAUGCAUGGAUGGAUGGACUAAAAUGACCCUAGUGUGUGAAUGUGAGUGUGAAUAUUGUCUGUCUAACUGUGUUGGCCCUGUGUUGAGGUGGUGACUUGUCCAGGGUGUACCCUGCCUAUACCGUCCAAAUGCAGCUGUGAUAGGCCCCAGCACUCCCUUGCUCCCCCGAAAGGGACAAGCGGUAGAAAAUGCAUGGAUGGAUGGAUUAAAUUGACCCUAGAGUGUGAAUGUGAGUGUGAAUAUUGUCUGUCUAUCUGUGUUGGCCCUGCGAUGAGGUAGCGACUUGUCCAGGGUGUACUUUGCCUUCUGCUUGAAUGCAGCGGAGAUAGGCUCCAGCACCCCCCCGCCCCCCAAGAAAGGGACAAGCGGUAGAAAAUGGAUGAAUGCAUGCACGUUGGUAUGGUUCCCACAUGUCAGUAUGCAAAUCCACACUCCAAACACCAUACUGUAGUAAUCGGGGAUGGUAGACGACGAGUGUGCGCGCUCUUCUACGUUUCCCGCUUGAAGAAUAUUUGCCGUGACACCUCAAGAUGACGAGACUUAUUUGCUGUAGCACCCUGACCGGGAAUUCCUCAGCCGCUGCUCAAGAGCUCCUAGUUUAGGCUUGCCUCUCUGAGAACACCAAAAGUUUUUUUUUUUUUUUUUGGGUAGCCUUUAUGUUGAUUGGCCGGAUAUUUGUGGCGGUGAAACAUCUACCGUGUGUUCUUUCAUGUACUUAGAGGUGCAAGAAACAGACAGAAGCAGACAUUAAAAAACUAAAUAAAAAUAAAAAUAAGUAAAAAGAGGCAGAAGGAAGGAAAUGGGAGAGAUAGGUGCAGCUGGUGAUGGGGUUGAUCUCUCCAGGGCUACCAAGCUUGAUUCGGAUUUCACAUCUUAAGGACUUGUUUUUUUUUCUCUUUUUAAAAAAUUUUUUUUUUUAGAUCAUCUAAAAACAGUCGUUGCUGUGACUUGUUGGAAAAAGCUCCAUUCUUUGUACAUAUAUGAAUACAUGCUUCAGCUUUGCCAAUUCCACUUCAUGCUGCAGCCUCUCCUGCUGGUAUGUAAACAAAGUGAGUCACGACUAUUGAAGAGCAGAACCAAGCCUAAACUGCAAUAUUUCCUUUUUUUUUUUUAGCCCACAUACUUCUUCUCCGUGAUUGUCUUUGUUGAUGGAAACCGUUGGAUUGUGCGGGCGUCGUAUUGCUUUUUUUUUUUGUUGUUGUUGUUGUUUUUUUUGCGGAAGUCUGUUAGUGAUUGUGCCUAUCAAUUAGAGAUGGUGGAUUGUGUCCUACACUUCAUGUUCCUCAUGGUGCAGUCUUUUACAAAACACACAGGGAAAAGAAAAAUGAAGAUCCCUGUCUUAUAUGUCUAUUUUUAUGAGUGUUAUGUAUUUUUUUUUUUUUUAAUAUCUAUAAAUGUAAUAGAGGCUGCACUUGUUGCAGCUCUCUGGAAUCUGUGAUUGGGCUUGGAUGGAUUUGUUCUUAAUAGCUUUUAGCUAUGUUAUGUCACGUGUCCAAUGGGUCAGAAGAUGUUUUCAUCAAUAAAACAUAUGAAAAUCA